AUGGGAGGUUUGGAUGCAGAAGGCCAGUUUUCUAAGUCUGAAGAAGGCAAAGAGAAUGCUCAAAGACAGGAAUGUGAGAACAGCCUAGGGAAGCUCACCACCUUGGCUAAAUUAGGGGAAUCUCGGCCCUGGGCCCAGCCUGCUGGCGGGGGAGAGGUGCGAGGGCCUGAGAGAGGCUGCGGCCGGCGCACGGGGCCGUCUCUGAUCCGUAGCAGCGGCCGCCGCCAAGGCCCGGCCUUUCCCGUCCGCCGCGUCUCCCUCGCCCCCUUCCUCGCCUGCCCCCUCACGUCUUUUCCUCCUCCCGCCUCGGGCCCGCUCCUGCUCCCCCUCUUCCCGGCGCUCCCCCCUCCCUGUCGGGUGCAGGCGUCUGGGCGGCGCACGGAGCCUCCCGCCAGGCCGAACGGGGCUCCCGGGGCCGGCGGGGAGGGAGUGCGGGCGCGCCGGGAGCGGGAGCGAGGCGGCGGCGGCCCGGGCCGGCCCCGCGGAGCCGCGGCGAGGAGGCAAAGCUGUGGAAAUACACCCGGACCCAAAGGCCCUGGCUCGCGCGACCCUACCCCGGGAGAAGCAGCCCAGUUACCCGACAUCGUGGUCAGCAGAAGCUGGGGCGCUGGCUGGAUGCUGCAGCUGCAGGGACUCGGUGCCUCCCAGGGCUCCUGUACAGACAGAGAAGCAGAGAUGCAACAUUUUAAAGUUUCACAAAGCAUCCAGCUGCACCCAGGUUCCUGGAGCAGGAGACAAACAGAAUUAAUGUUUUAUACCUUCGGGUAUAGGUUUGAGUUUUUUCCCCCUCAUGCCAAGUAUUUAAAACCUCUAGAAACCCAUGAUUUGACAAUCAAUGAUUGCGCGAUACUUUCAAUUUGA